AUGGGGGUGGGGCGUGUAGCACCAGCGGGGUGGCGCAAACUUGGCCCUUGCAGCUCACCACGCAUCCUCGGACAAAGAAAGCUCUCAUCACCGACUUCCUCGGAACUUCUUGCGAAUUUCAUGUCAACGAGGUCUAUUGUCAGCAUAAUCAGCCUCUCUGUCCCGCUGAUUGCAGCCAUCAUCUUGUUCUUGUACGGCAGUCCCAGCAUCCCGGCAGCAGCCAGCUCAGUCCUCGCGUUUCUGCACCCGUCCGCUUCUUCCACAGCUUCAUCGACCAUGUCGUCGAUUCGCCGCGCCGCGCCCAUGGUGUUUACGCCCUCGGGCCGCCACACGGCGACCGUCAUCUUCAUCCACGGCCUGGGCGACUCGGGCCACGGCUGGGCCGACGCCGUGCAGCACUGGCAGGGCAAGAACAAGCUCAACGAGGUCAAGUUUAUCCUGCCGCAUGCGCCGGCGAUUCCCAUCACCAUGAACGCAGGCUUCCAGAUGCCUGGAUGGUUUGACAUUAAAUCCAUCGACGCCCUCUCCCACGCCGCCAACACGGCGCCCGAAGAGGACGAGGCGGGCAUCGCGCUGUCGCGCGAGUACAUCUACUCGCUGGUGCAGGCCGAGGUGGCGGCGGGCAUCGCGUCGGACCGCAUCGUGCUGGGCGGCUUCUCGCAGGGCGGCGCCAUGAGCAUCUUUGCGGGCCUGCUGGCGCCGUUCAAGCUCGGCGGUGUCGUCGGCCUGUCGUCGUGGCUGCUGCUCAACCGCACCUUCAAGGACCGCGUGCCCGCCGACAGCCCCAACCGCGACACGCCCGUCUUCAUGGGCCACGGCGACCGCGACCCGCUGGUGCUGUACCCGCUGGCGCAGGCGUCGGAGAAGAAGCUCACCGAGCUGGGCUACAAGGUGUCCUUCAAGACGUACCCCGGCAUGCAACACUCGGCUUGCAUCGAGGAGCUCAAUGAUGUCGAGGCUUUCUUGCAGUCCCGUCUGCCUCCUCAGAACAAAUAG